CCGCCCCACCGCGGGAGCUCCGCCCAUCGCCGGAAGCCCCGGCGGGCUGAGGCAGGGCUGUGGUCGCCCUCGGGACCCCGGCGGCCCGGUCCGCCCCGGGUAGCGUCCCCUGGGCCCGAGCUGGCUUUCCCGGGAGGCCGCGCCGAGUGUCGGGCCUGCGUGCCCCGCGGGCGGCCCAGCUCCAGGGCUGGGUCGCGGGCUGCCGGAGCCCGCUUCCCGCCUCCGGGGGUCAGCGGCGGCCGCUGGGUGCCGGCGCGGGCGACUCCGCACCUCAGACCUUGCUCUUCCAGUCGCCGAGGUGGCCGGCCGACCCCUGGGCGGCCAGGGCAGACGGCCGCCAUUCCCGUGUCGCUGCGCCCGCGGGGGCCGCCCGAGCCGGCCGCCAUGCCGCUGGGCCUGAAGCCCACCUGCAGCAUGUGCAAGACCACGUCGUCCUCCAUGUGGAAGAAGAGUUCACAGGGCGAGAUCCUCUGCCAUCACUGCACCGGCCGGGGCGGCGGGGGCGGCGGCGCGGGAGUGGCGGGCGGGCCCGGGGGCGGCGGCGGCUUCGGCACCGCCACCUUCGCCACCACCACGGCCGGUGCUUCGCAGAGCAACGGAGGCGGGGGCGGCAAGCAGAGUAAGCAAGAAAUCCACAGAAGGUCCGCCCGGCUCAGAAAUACCAAGUACAAAUCGGCUCCAGCUGCUGAAAAGAAGGUUUCCACAAAAGGAAAGGGGAGAAGGCAUAUUUUUAAGUUAAAAAAUCCUAUUAAAGCUCCUGAAUCUGUUUCUACCAUAGUCACUGCAGAGUCAAUCUUCUACAAGGGAGUAUAUUACCAAAUUGGUGACGUUGUUUCUGUGAUUGAUGAGCAAGAUGGGAAGCCAUACUAUGCUCAGAUCAGGGGCUUUAUCCAGGACCAGUACUGUGAGAAGAGCGCGGCGCUGACAUGGCUCAUUCCCACCCUCGCCAGUCCCAGGGACCGGUUUGAUCCCGCAUCCUACAUAAUAGGGCCAGAGGAAGAUCUUCCAAGGAAGAUGGAGUACCUGGAAUUUGUCUGCCAUGCGCCUUCCGAGUAUUUCAAGUCAAGGUCAUCACCAUUUCCUACCGUUCCCACCCGACCAGAGAAGGGCUACAUAUGGACGCAUGUUGGACCCACUCCUGCGAUAACUAUUAAGGAAGCCGUUGCCAAUCACGUGUAGUUGCACACACACAAACGUCCAGAAUGAAGCCAGAGUUAGUUCUCUUAUAUUUAUAACAUAUCAAGAUAUGCCAUGCAUUUUUCUCUUUAAAAUUUUUUUGUUUAGGUUUUUGAGAUAGGGCCUCAUAUGUAGCCAGGUUGGCUUGACUUUGAGAUCCCCCUGCCUCACCCUCCUUGAGUGUUGGAGUUACAGGUGUGGCACCCCAGAAUUAAUGCCAGAUACUUCAUGAUGUUCUUACAUAUUGAGAAAAAUUUUAUCCUGCUGCCCAGUAAUUAUAUUACCUUGCUUAGUACCUGUUGUUUAGAAAACCACAGGGUGAAAAAAGAAUGAAUUGACGUGAAAUACUAAAUUUAAUGUGUAUUUUCCCAGGCAGAGUGACAGAUUAGAGGGAAAUCAUUAUAAACGUGUAGUGUCUAUUUUCUUCAUAAUUUAUUUCUAGGAACUCAUAAAAUGAAUUGUAUUUUUAUAAGUAAAAAACAUUAAGUUUUAGAUUUCUUUUUCUUUUUUUAAAUUUUUUUAAUUUUUUAUUUUUUUGGUUUUUCAAGACAGGGUUUCUCUGUGUAGCCCUGGCUGUCCUGGAACUCACUCUGUAGACCAGGCUGGCCUCAAACUCAGAAAUCCACCUGCCCUCUGCCUCCCAAGUGCUGGGAUUAAAGGCAUGUACCACCACUGCCUGGCUUCUUUUUUUAAAAACAAAACAAAACAAAACAGAAUCUCACUAUGCAGUCCUGGCUGUCCUGGAACUCACUCUGUAGACCAGACUGGCACUGAACUCAAGAGAUCUGCCUGCAUUUGCUUCCCAGGUGCUAGGACUAAAGGUGUACACCAUGCCAGACUUAAGUUUUAGAUUUCUGAUCAAGGACUAAAGCAAAAGGUGACUAGUAUGUCUUACAAAGGCACACACUCUUUCCUUAUGAGAAGCAGACCUGGGCUGCUUUAGUCCUACAGAGGCAGCUGGUGGGGACUGACUGGCUGGGCUCUUUACACUUCACCCCAUGCCAUAGCACCCAGGCUUUCAGGAGACCUGCCCUUGCCUGUCUGUCAGCUGCUUCAGUGAGCCUGCUUCAGCCAGGCCUUUGAUGUGCCUGCAGCACAGGCAUCCCCUCCUCCUGCUGAGGGUAGCCUCUGAGGAGAGUGGCCUGACAACUGCUAAGACUCAAACCAGGUGCUGAGAACUUGGAUGGUGUGCUUUGGCUUGGGGAAGCCUGCGCAUAUGCUUCAAGUGCAGUUUGGUCGCAUGAUGGGAGGAAGUGGGCAGGUACCCAAUUGUCGCCUCUGUCCUGAUCUAUCUAGACAGAUGGUUUUAGCUGUGGGAAUUUAUGAGAAUUUGACUUGGUCUUAAUGAUUUUCAUCAGAACUCUUUUACCCUUUUUCUUUAGUCCCAAAGUUGGAAAAAAGCAUCUUUGUGCUUAACAUAAGGUAUAAUAAAGCUCAUUGUAAAUACUA